AUGCAUGCCAUUGCAGUCACAGAAUAUGGUCCCAUUGCCAAUCUCAAAGCCAUUGACAUCCCAAAUCCCUCAGAUCCUCAGGGUCAUGAAGUCCUCGUUCACAUCCACGCCUGCUCCAUAAACCCAGUCGACACCAAAGUCCGAGCGGGCACCUACGACGACUAUCCCGACUACUAUGAGCGUACCCCCAGCCUGCCCCAGAUCCUCGGUUUCGACGGUGCUGGAGUUGUCGCGAGUGUCGGAUCAGACGUCAAAGAAUUCAAAGCUGGUGACGAAAUUUACUAUGCCGGGUCGCCUAUCCGCCAUGGAAGCAACGCAGAAUUCCAGCUCGUAGACUCGCGAGCUGUAGCCCUGAAACCGAAGAGCUUGGACUGGGGUCAGGCUGCUGCUAUGCCCUUGACGUGGAUCACCGCCUACGAAGCCCUCGUCGAACGCAUGGACAUCCAGAAGGGCGAAAACGCCGGCAUCCUUAUCAUCAACGGCGCAGGCGGCGUCGGGAGCGUGGCCAGUCAAAUUGCGCGCCGCGUCCUCAAUCUCCCGGUUGUAGUGACCACGGCAUCGAGAGACGAAACAGUCAGCUUCUCAAAAGACGUCGGAGGCGCUACACAUACCAUCAAUCAUCACAAUGAUAUUGCCGACGAGGUGGACAAGCUGAAAUUAAGUGUGCCCAUCAGGUACGUCUUCAUCACACACACCCCGACAUCAGGCUACUUGGCACCUGCAGCAAAGGUCUGCGCACCUUUUGGAAAGGUUUGCUCCAUUGUCCAAGACAAGGAAAUGUCCAUGUACGGCACCGAGUUCAUGGCAAAGAGUCUGACUUUUGUCUGGGCCCUCUUGGGGACCAAGCCGUAUUAUGGCGUCCAGGUCGAGAGCCACGGAAAGAUAUUGAGAGACCUGGCAAAAAUGCUAGAUGACGGGGCCAUCAAGUGCCAUUGUACGCAGAAGCUCAAGAUCGACGAAGAGGGUAUAAGAAAGGCACAUGACAUCAUCGAGGGCGGCAAAGCCAUUGGCAAAGUUGCGCUUGAAUUCUGA